AUGCCGCGCGCACGACGCCAUAUCGCCUUCUCCCAGGGCCAGUGCGCUACUUGCGGCGCGCAAUUCCUGCUCAAGUACGCGCACCGUACCAUGUGCUGCCGCUAUGCGUGCCGUAAGGCGGCUGCGGCGAAGCGGCGGGCGCGGCAUGCCGAUGGCAGUGCGGACGAUGCGGUUGCGAUGUGUUCUGCUUCAAGAUCGUGGCUUGUGCUUGGCAUGGAUAUGCACUUCUGCGAUCCCAAUCAGCUCAUCGCAACGAAGCAGCGCAACAAGCUGGCUGCUGCCAACAAGGUCCUAUGCUACCUCACGCGCGGAUCGUUCAAAGAGGACCAGCAUAGGCUUCUGUGA